AAAAGGAAAGAAAAAGGAAGAGAAGGAAAAGGGAGGAAAAUAAAUUAAAUGUAAAACAGUAAAAGUAAAAAGUACUGGAGUAAAGAAAACAAGAGGAAAGUAAGGCAAGGGAGAGGGAAGGCAUGUUGGCGAGUAAGGGCAGAGGACAAGGUAAAAGAGGCGUCUGCCGCAUGAGGAAACAAAUCUAGAGCAAAGGUAAAAGCAGGCAGAGAGUGAAUAGAGAGAUUGAACUACAAGAACAAAGAGAGACGAAGAGAAGCAACAGGAAGACAAAGAUAAAAAAAGAGUUAGAGAGGCAGGAAGGAGGCACGCGUAGGAUUCCUGUAUCUGACGAGAGCUGUAAAAAAUACCCUUCAGAAGUUGACGAGUCAGGUUGCAAAAUGUGACCCGUCCUGUAUAUGAAUUACUGUGUGUUUGUGAGCCUUGCUUAUGCCAUACACUUACACUCAAUACCUCAACAGCUAAAGCACUUUUAAUAACAAUAUUAAAAUGUGUGAGGUCAUUCUGAAGUGUGCAGAUCAAGAGACAGUGAGAGAAGAGCAGUGAUGGCAAUAUGUCACAAUUAAGAGUCCGUUAAUGGGCUUGAAAAAGCACUCAAGUGCUUUCAGCAUACAUCACUGCCCAUUGUAGGAUCCUGUCUGGCUUUUAUUAUGUUAAAAAAGUGGGUGAAAUAGUGCAAUUAGAACAUUUUAAGGCACUAUAUUAUUUUCUAAAGCUAUUUUGCUAAGAAUGGGCAGAUGCUGCAUUAUGCUUUUAUGGUUGACGUCAUCCUCGCUGCACUAAAUCAUCACCUCAAACAAUAAGAAAAACAUGGCACAAUUCUGAAAAAAGAAACAGAAAAUGUGAAAUUGUGACACUAGUUUGAACAUGAAGACAUAACAGGUCACUGGUUCAUGAAGUACACAUGUAGAAAAACAAACACUCCUAUCCCGAUGGGAAAUGAAUGCCUGAAAAUCCAUGUGCCUGUGGGAGGAAACCCAGAAGAGCAUGUGAUCUCCACACAUGAAGACACACAGGAAAGCAAACAUCUUUCAGACUGGAUUCAUGUGGGAGGACAACAGGACACACUCUUAUGUCAACAUACUGUAUGUCCAACCUCACAUAUAUAUGGAGGGAUAAUAUUCCCAAGAUGUCAUAUUGUUCAUGUUAUUAUUAUUCAUAUUUGCAGGCCAGGACUUCUGCACAGUGUCAUGAAACAUUGAUUCAUGUUAUGCUAUGCAGUGUCACUCAGUCAGCACAUUCUGUGUUAAAAUUAACAUCUAUAUUUUGUUAUUAUCAAAUACACACAUACAAAUGUUUGUCUGGAUUACUGUGUAAAAUAAUUGCAUUUCAUCAGUGCUGCAACAAUUAGUCUAUUUAUCGAUUAAUCGCCCAACAGAAAAUUAUCUGUCAACAAUUCUGGUUGAUUAAUCGUUUGUUAUGAAUUAAGCAAAACAUGGCAAACAAAGUCAGUUAUCCAGUGGACAGAUAUGCUGCUUGUGUCCUGUUUCAUAUCAUCUUAAAUAUAAUAUUCUAGGAUUUUGGACAAAUCAAACGAUUUAAAAACACUUUUAAUGGCCAUUGUUCACUAUUUUCUUACAUUCUAUUGACUAAAUCAUUAAUUGAUUAUUCAAGUGACCAGUCGUUGUGCUCUUCAAAGGCAAAUAUAUUUAGUAACAUCUAUAUAUUAGGGCAUUAUGAAAUAUGUAUUAUGGUAUACAUUAUUAAUGUAUCAUUCCCUGUAUAUGACUCCAGGUUGCAUGAUUGGGAUCGUCUGUAUGAUGGGUGUUCCCAAUCCCUGUGACGUCACCGCAUCGUUCACUGUACCCAGGGCCCGUUCAUCCCCACUUCACCACAGUGCCGCGCGCCUCGCCCUCUCCACACCUCACCUUUAAACCAGAGCGUCUUUAGAAGUGAAACAAACGAUACAUUUCACUGCUGCGCUACUCAACCUGGACUGUAACAAGCGGACAUACACGUCUCCACUACGAGGAGCAAGUUGUACAAUAGGUGAGCACUUCUUUAUUUGGACGCGUUUCACCGCCGUUAAACCCACGCGGGUGUGACAGUUGCUGCCUCGCGGCGUGUUCCUCCUUCGGAGCCACCUUAACGCAAAACUCAAUUUAGAAAAUCCGCCAGUGUAAAAAUUCCCUUUCUGUCCGAAAAACGCUGAUGCUGUCACAGCUGGACUCAAGUCAUUUUGUAACUCUGUAGUCGAUCUUCCAUUCGGCACACAUUGUAUUACAUACAGCAGCAUUGUUUCCCAAAUAAAACUUACUUUAAUAAAAUACUUGUUGUCUCACUCAGUCAGAACACGGUCUCUUUCAAACUCAAUUCAAACUGAUAUUUUAGCCCACUUGUUUUAUAAUACUUGUCUGACGAACAAUUUUCAUUCAACUUCUACGAAACCCAAACAGCCGUCCACAGACCCAACACCUGGACACAUCUGCUCUCCUCAGUGCUUUGGGGACAGCCGACAUUCCCACAGUAGUUGGUGUCAUUUUGGACCGAUUCCGUGACACUUGGAGCCCGACACCUCAGCACCAGAGUGGGCACUGGAUAGAGCAAGAAGGAUGGCUGCAGACAACUUUUUAAGGACACUCUUUUGACUCUUUUGGAAGCGGGGACAUAUUUUGUAAUUAAGUCCAGCCAUUAUGAAUUCAGAGGAUGACCCGUGCCACAGCAAGCACCACAUCGACUCCACCAAGAGCCCGCUGAUCAGUGCCAUCAUGUUCGCCGCAGGCAUCUUCGGCAACGUGGCUGCCCUGUUGAUACUGGAAAUCCGCAGACGAAGAGACAUAAGGGCCGGGGACACGUGCCGGCGUUCGUUGUUUCACGUCCUCAUCACGUCGCUGGUGGUCACGGACUUAGCGGGCACCUGCCUCAUCAGUCCGCUGGUGCAGCUGUCGUAUUCACGCAACAUGACCUUGGUAGGGAUGUCGUCUGAAUCUCACAGCGUGUGCUCGUACUUUGGUGUCAGCAUGACCUUCUUCAGCCUGGCCACCAUGUCGCUUCUCUUCUCUAUGGCACUAGAGAGGUGCUUCGCCAUUGGGUACCCGUACCUGUACAGCCGGCAUGUCACCAUGAAAUGUGCCUACAUCGCAAUCCCGGUGGUCUUUUUGUUAUGCAUGUUAUUCUGUCUCCUCCCUUUUGCGGGUUUCGGUACAUAUGUGCAAUACUGCCCCGGCACGUGGUGCUUCAUAGACAUGAACCCUGAGGGAAAUGAAGACCGGGUCUACGCCAACCUAUACGCCACUCUUAUGCUAGUGCUGGUGCUGGCCAUAGUGGCGUGCAACGGGUUUGUGGUGUACCAGCUGUUCAAGAUGUUCCAACGUCGGAGGAGGAACGGCGGCUCGGUGAUGGCCACCACGAGAUCCAGCGGCGACCGCAAGGCGAUGUCCAUAGCGGAGGAGGUGGAGCAUCUCAUCUUGCUGGUCUUCAUGACCAUCAUCUUCAUCAUCUGCACACUGCCCCUGGUGAUCCGGGUGUACCUCAACACCAUAAAAAAAGGCAAGGAGUCUCACAGAAUGGACUUGAUUGCCCUGCGCUUCAUCUCCGUGAACUCCAUCAUCGACCCCUGGGUGUUUAUCCUCCUCUCACCAAGCGUGCUCCACUUUUUCUGGGGCUCUAUUUGCCAGCCCCCCCUGGGAAUCUUCAGGGGUUCCACUUAUAAAUCAUCGAUAGCCAAAGAGAAUUCUCUGGCGAACGUGGAAGUGUAUCGCUCGACGUUUGAGUGCACCGAGCAGUUUCACUCUGUGGAAACUCUAUGACCAUAAACAUACUUUAUUAUUACAUAUUUAUUGGAGAGUGUGCUUUUCUUUAGAGAUGAAGUGGAGGUUUCCUGUGUCACACCAUCCCACUCAUGUGGGUGCUGUUUCCUAUCUACUUUAUGAAUGUGUUUCCCUUAGAUAAAGGCCCUUUCUGUCGAACUGACAAACAUUUGAACCAGUUCUAUCAGCUGGUGUCCGCCUCUUGCCAUUUACUGGGGAUCUCCUUCCACUCCUAGUGCAAGUGUUGACUGCACACUGACUUCUCUACAGCUCAAGUGUAAAAGCUCAACAUUUUGCCUCCUUUGCUGCUUGUAUUUUAUGCCAAUUAAUCAACUAAAUUAAAAAAGGCUGCUAAAAAGGAAGCUGGAGAAAGAGACUUCAUUGUGCUUGUGACAGAAUGAGACGUACUAAUGACAUUCAGAUAAUGACGAUGACUUGCUUCACAUGCCUCUGAUCCACACUUACAUUAAUAUCCUGCCUGGAGUCAAGAAAAAGAAGAAGAACAAGCAAGCACAUUGAGAUCAGCUGUGAUCAUGAUGCUGCUGUAAGAAGACUCACGUGUAAGGGCACAGAGGCCUCUUGUUGCAACGGGAAAGCAAAGCGAUGCAUUUGAAUGUAUCAGUCUGCAGCAAACCGAGACGUGUUCAUACAAGUCUAAAUGAAAACUCUAAUAUUUGGUGUUAAAUAUGGGAGGCAUGAAUCUCUUUUGAACUCUUUAUCUUAACCCCUGGUCUGCUUUGGUAACCUUUCCCCUCGCACUCCGACCAGAUCCCUGCUGCAAAGGUCAAAGGGCAGGAAGCCUGGAGAGACUUUUGCUACAUCAGAUGAAGUUCACUCGGAGAGGGUGGUAACAGUGAUAAACACAGAAAAGGUUACGUUGAUGUUUCAUUUAUAUGUCCAUGUACAAUAUGUAGCACAUAUUAUAUAAUAACAAUGUUUCAUCAUAAGUUCUUCAUGUGAGACUGCAGUUACCUUUACACUUGAAAACUUCUGCUUCUUAUUUAAAUAUGUAAUUAACAGCGAGAGAAGAUAUUCUCACAUAAUCUUGCUGUAUUGUAAUGCUUAUGAAAAUGAACAACUGUAGCAAAUGAUGGUACUUUUUAAAGAGCAAACUACCUUUAAUGGACAAAAAUAACAUUUUAAAUGAUUUUUGUCAGAAACACUUGAAUAAUAUUUAUUUAAUUCAAGAAUGAAUUUGAGGUUAUUCUUUCUUUCCUAAAGGAAUAUAUGCUGCAGCUGAAAUCCCUUAUUAAGUGUUACUCAUUGGAAUAGCUACUGUGUCGCAAUGCAUGUAAUAGUAUAUAAUAAUUAAAUAUAAUUCAAACAAAUGGACAAAACUAACAAAAAACGGAGCCAGUGGUGAAACUUUAACAGUUAAAAAUAAAAAUAAUUAUACAGUAUAUAAUCAAAACUGUAGAGUAUCGAGCCUGUACGUUGUUGAUAUGAAUUGUCUGUUACCCUUUAAGAAGUACCACAUUUGUUUUCAGUUGGUCAUAAAGUAGUUCUCAGUUAGUACUCAGGUCAUUAUGGGACAGAUCUCCUGCUUCAUUUUCUCUUGGCAGGUACUUUGUUCUGUCACGUUGCCUAAAAGUUAUUUGGAAACUAUGAAACGAGCGCCCCUUCAUUUUGCCCAUCCACUUUACGACUGAAGUGCCAUUUGAACUGCAUUGCUUUUACUAGAGUACAUCUUGAAAUGUUAUUUUCACUGCGGGUCUUUCCAGAGAACGACCGUCCACCAGGGACAAAGGACGUCCACUUAAAUUGCCGCUAAUAGUCCAGAUGGAAAACGUGAGGAUUUCACUCUUUGAUUAUAUCCUCGUGCUGAUUGUUCAAACAUGUUAAACUGCCAACUAAAGCAAACGCUGGUUUGCUUUCACAGUCACAAAUGUAACUGCAUUAUAAUGAGCUCUGUUCUAACCGCUGACAUCAGAUGACCGCUGAGUUUCCUGGAAGAAGCAGGUUGUUUUCUCUAUUUAGCUUUUUACAUGUGUGCACUGCUAAAAGUAACUCAUAGUUGAUUCAUACUGGGUUGGAUUACACGACACCACGGGGGAUUGUAGCUAUUACAGCACCUCUUCCUUUCAAAUGAAUCAAAUUGAAACUGAAAUAAAAAGAAAAUAAGCUACCAGAGAUUUCUGCAGGAUAUCCGGUCAUGAAUCUCUCGAAAUAGGAAAACAUUGGAAGUGACUGGAGUUAUGCAACAGCGGGGGUCCAGUGUACAUUGAAAGAAUUUGGUCCUGAUGCAUGUAAAAGUUCUCCAACAUUCUCAUUUUAAAAGAGGAAUGAAAGGCCUGUGAGACUUUAUCUAAGAAGUGUCAACAGUGUGGGUGUGAGAGUGUAUCUGUGUGAGAGCAGUGGCGAUAUUGUUUUGCUUUUGUGUUGUGAGAACAGCGGUUUAUUGCCUCCGUUGGUCUGUUGUUGGUUCUGAGCUCAGCAUCAAAAUGUUCAGUGUUUACGACAUCGCUUACAGCUUCCUGUGGGUGUAUGUGUGUGUGUGUUGCUUCUGUGUGUAUGCAGUGUGUUUUCCUGUUGCGUUUAUGCCAGUGUGUGUAUGCAAAUAUUUCAAGUUUCCACAUACGUGUGUGUGUGUGUGUGUGUGUGUGUGUGUGUGUGUGUGUGUGUGUGUGUGACAGACGGCACUGAAAUGUAAUAUUGUCAAACCAGAAUGCUACCUACCUGGAUGUCUUGUACUCUGUAAUUAUAAAGUACUGUAAAUUCAACUGAAUGCACUGUAUGUGUGUGUUUUAUGGCUUUUAUGUAAAUAAAAAUCUCAUC